CUGGCUUGCAUUUCGAUCAGUUGAUCGACAGUAGACGCACCGCCGGCUGACUGGUCAAGAACUAGGCGACUGCUAUCAGGGGCGUGGCGGCUUUGUAGUAAAGCUUCCAGUGGGCAGGAUGUUACGGGAUUCUCCACUCCGAUUCGUUAAUGUGCUGCGUCAGUCUUACUCCUGGGCUUCUCAUUAGUUCACCCUUAGCUCCGCUGGGAUUUUGCUCUGGAAAAUGCCAUUAAUGACGGUCAUUACGGGAUCGCAACGUCCUUACAGGCAAAAUUAGCUGCAAUAACAGAAGUGAGACGACUCUAAUUUAAAAAUAAAUGACUAAAAUUUAUGGGUGCUGGAAGAAAUACAGCUGCCAGUUACCCGUUUGUCGUGCAGUACUUGGGGGAAUUCCCCAAAUAUCCUGAUACAAUCACUGUUAUGAAAUAUACAUUUAGAUUUGAUCGUGGCAGUUAGCAUUUUUCAAUCCGGUCCUCCUUUUUUGAAAGUUUUGACCGGAAGUUGCGUUCUGUGAUUGGGUAACUUGAUGCUCUGCUUUGUAGCCGGAAUAGUACUCACACUGGCGCAGACACUUGGAUAGCCAGCCUGAAGAGUAAUAAUACCAUAUUGCCUGGCUCAACUAUUCUUUAACCAUAUUUAGAAAAAGAUUUGCCUUAAAUAAGCCUUAAUUGUUUAACUGACAAGCUUUUUACCGCUCAGAAAUCGGUACUAUUUCAAUGGAAAUAUUGCUCUAAUGAUUUUUCACCCACGAGCCGCUAUCGCAGACAAGAUAGCCGGUUGUAAUUAGUAUUUCUCAAAAAUUUGCUUCUUUCUUGUCGCUGGCGUGGGUAAUUCAAUCUGAAACUCGGUGCUUCGAUACACCCCGUCAUACUUAAACUGUAGGAAUAGUGGACUUAGGACACCCAGGCACAGCGACCGCACUGUGAUGGAUAAUGCUCAUACUAAGACGGUGGAGGAGGUUUUGGGCUUCUUUGGUGUAAAUGAGUCUACAGGUCUGAGCUGUGAGCAGCUGAAGAAGAACAGGGAGCGAUGGGGACCCAAUGAAUUGCCAGCUGAAGAAGGGAAGUCCCUUUGGGAGCUGGUCCUGGAACAGUUUGAGGAUCUGCUGGUUCGAAUCUUGCUACUAGCUGCAUGUAUCUCCUUUGCUCUGGCUUGGUUUGAAGAAGGGGAGGGAACAAUCACAGCCUUUGUUGAACCCUUUGUCAUCCUCCUCAUCCUCAUUGCCAAUGCUAUUGUGGGAGUAUGGCAGGAGCGUAAUGCAGAGAAUGCCAUUGAGGCUCUGAAAGAGUACGAGCCAGAGAUGGGCAAGGUGUACCGACAGGACAAGAAGUGCGUCCAAAGAGUCAGAGCCCUUGUCCCUGGAGACAUUGUAGAAGUUGCAGUUGGUGAUAAGGUUGCUGCUGACAUCAGGCUGACGUCUAUUUUUUUGAGGGUUGACCAGUCCAUUCUGACAGGGGAGUCUGUGUCAGUGCUCAAACACACAGACCCCGUACCAGACCCCAGAGCUGUCAACCAGGACAAGAAGAACAUGCUCUUCUCUGGUACCAACAUUGCAGCAGGGCGAGCCAUCGGGGUUGUCGUGGCAACAGGGGUGCAGACAGAGAUUGGGAAGAUCCGAGAUGAGAUGGCAUCUACUGACCCUGAAAGGACCCCACUACAACAGAAACUAGACCAGUUUGGAGAACAGCUGUCAAAGGUCAUCAGUGUGAUCUGUGUGGCAGUGUGGGCUAUCAAUGUGGGACAUUUCAAUGACCCGGUGCAUGGAGGCAGCUGGCUGAGAGGAGCUGUUUACUAUUUCAAGAUCGCUGUCGCACUGGCUGUAGCUGCCAUACCAGAAGGCCUCCCGGCAGUCAUCACUACCUGUCUGGCACUGGGAACAAGGAGGAUGGCCAGGAAGAAUGCAAUUGUCCGCAGCCUGCCGUCAGUGGAGACGCUGGGUUGUACCUCUGUUAUUUGCUCUGACAAAACAGGAACACUGACCACCAACCAGAUGUCAGUCUGCAGGAUUGUUAUAGUGGACAGUGUGUCGAAGGAGCGCUGCAGCCUGAGCGAGUUCACAGUGACUGGAUCUACUUACGCUCCUGAAGGGGAAGUUUACAAGGAUGGCUUAGUAGUGAAGUGCAGUCAGUAUGAAGGCCUGGUGGAGAUGGCCACCAUCUGUGCACUCUGCAAUGACUCAUCACUGGACUACAAUGAGGCAAAGGGUGUGUAUGAGAAGGUCGGGGAGGCAACAGAGACUGCCCUCUGUUGUCUGGUGGAGAAAAUGAACGUGUUUGACACCGACCUUAGAGACCUGAGCCCUCCUGAGAGAGCUACAGCCUGCUGCUCUGUGAUUAAGCAGCUGAUGAGGAAGGAGCUGACACUAGAGUUCUCCAGAGACAGGAAAUCCAUGUCUGUCUUCUGUUCAUCUAAUAAACUCACCAGGUCUGCCUCUGGAGUCAAGAUGUUUGUCAAGGGUGCUCCAGAGAGUGUGCUGGAGCGCUGUAAUUAUAUCCGGGUUGGUGGUUCUGCUCGUGUGCCUUUGAGCCCAGCAGUUCGAGAUCAGCUCCUGUCCACUGUGCGGGAGUGGGGGUCUGGCCGAGACAUGCUCCGUUGCCUCGCCAUGGCAACCAGGGACACUGCCCCUGACAUCCAUAGCCUCAACCUGGAAAACACAGCUGCCUUUGCUAACUAUGAGUCGGACCUGACCUUUGUGGGCUGUGUGGGCAUGUUGGAUCCCCCAAGGAAAGAGGUGCUCGGUGCAGUCCGAAUGUGUCGGCAGGCUGGCAUACGAGUCAUCAUGAUCACAGGUGACAACAAAGGGACAGCCCUGUCUAUCUGUCGAAGGGUGGGCAUCAUCACGGAGCAGGAAGAGGAGCAGGAGGGCACAGGAGUCAUUGGGGGCCUAACCGGGCGGGAAUUUGACGAGCUGCCCCCCCACCUGCAGCGUCAGGCCUGCCAGACGGCACGCUGCUUUGCCCGGGUAGAACCAGCACACAAGAGCCGUAUAGUGGAGUACCUGCAGAGCCUGGGUGACAUCACUGCCAUGACAGGUGACGGGGUGAAUGAUGCACCAGCGCUGAAGAAGGCAGAGAUUGGCAUCGCUAUGGGCAGCGGCACGGCAGUGGCCAAGUCAGCUUCUGAGAUGAUCUUGGCUGAUGACAACUUCUCCACCAUUGUGGCCGCUGUGGAGGAGGGCAGAGCCAUUUACAACAACAUGAAACAGUUCAUUAGAUACCUGAUAUCAUCCAACAUAGGAGAGGUGGUCUGUAUUUUCCUGACAGCUGCACUCGGCAUGCCUGAAGCGUUGAUCCCAGUCCAACUACUAUGGGUCAACUUAGUCACUGAUGGUUUCCCAGCGACAGCUCUAGGAUUCAACCCUCCAGACCUGGACAUUAUGUCCCGCCCUCCUCGCUCCCCCAAAGAGCCCCUGAUCUCCAGCUGGUUGUUCUGUCGCUACCUCAUCAUUGGAUGUUAUGUGGGAGCAGCCACUGUAGGAGCCGCAGCCUGGUGGUUUAUGGCAGCCCAUGACGGUCCGAAACUUUCCUUCUAUCAACUGUCCCACUACCUCCAGUGCAGGGAAGGCCACGCUGAGUUUGCUGGUGUGCAGUGUUCUGUCUUUGAGUCUCCUUAUCCCAUGACUAUGGCGCUGUCUGUCCUGGUUACCAUAGAGAUGUGCAACGCCUUGAACAGUCUGUCAGAGAACCAGUCCCUGCUGAAGAUGCCUCCCUGGGUAAACCCCUGGCUGGUGGGAGCCAUCUGUCUGUCCAUGGCCCUGCACUUCCUCAUUCUAUAUGUAGACCCACUGCCAGUGAUAUUCCAGAUACGCCCCUUGUCAUGGCCUCAGUGGGUGGUGGUGUUGAAGAUGUCACUUCCUGUCAUCCUGAUGGACGAGGGCCUCAAGUUUCUAGCCCGCAACUAUAUCGAGCCAGGAAGCCAGAUCCAGACACUUGAAGAGGAGGAGGAGGAGCUGCAGAGAACCAGGGCCAACACAGGAUUGGUCGGUGUCAUGAUGACAAAGCUACGUCAGUCAGUGAAGGGCGUGUCCUGGUCAUUCAUCCUGAUCUUUGCACCGUUAGUGAUCUGGAUCUUCAGCCUGGAUUCUGACAUCACCAACAUCUUCUCAGAGUGAUGGGAGAAAGAGAGGACAGGCGGACUCUGGGGGUAAACAGUAAAAGACAGGAGAGUGAAAGAGGACAGUGAUAAGAAAAAGAGGUGUAAAAUGCAGACAACAUGUAGAUGGAAUGUGUGAGGGUGAGGCCAGGUGAGAGAGAACCAAGGUGGUAAAUACUUUUCUGAGAUAUAAGAAUGGUAAGUUAAAGAGUGACAUUUUUAGCCAUCAGCCAAACAAGAAGAAGUAACAGGCAAGACAGACCAUCACUUCUAUGUAACAAAAAGGUGCUAUGUCUAGCUCAUUUUUUCGCUUAUGUAUUUCAUUUAAAUCCCAUAGCUUACUUAGACUGUGCUUACUGUACACCUGCUCCCCAUUUUCUUGUCUUUAGGGAUGAAAAUGUUUGUCAGCCCAACACUCAGGUCCAGAGUGGAAUCUCUGAGACAAAAUACCUCUGCAAUUAAUAACCAUAGUACCAUCAGCCUUAGCUGUACAUUAAUGUUAGCACAGCAUGCUAACCUGUUAAUUUUUACAUUCUAAGAUACUAAAGGUUGUGUGAUAAAUAUUAGUAUGCUAACAUUAACUUGUUUAAUUUAAAGGAUUUAAUUCAAAAACUACUGAUUCAUUUUACUUGUUUUUUGAGACCUGAGUGGGGUUGUUCCAGCUAAUCAUGAAUUUUCACUUAGUUCGUAUGUAAAGUCCUUCUCAGGUUCUUACUAAUAAACGUGAGUUUUAAUUAGUUAUUAGUUAAACAUCUGUCGAGUAACCCAGAAGCAGUCAGAAGGAAUAUCACUUUUAGGCAACCAGACAAUAUAAGCUUGCCUGACAAGCUUUUGUAAAUGUGGGUAUGACUUUGCUUUAUUCAUAUGGUAUAUGGAUACAGGGAGAAAUCUGUGUGGUUUGGAGUUAGCAGUAUUCAUGUUGUACGAACUGAGAGGGAAAUAUCUGACUAAGCAGCUCUAUUCGUUCUGCCCCUGUGACACACUGUUAUCUUUUUGAAAUUUAAAACCUUCCCAGUUAACAUUUUAAUUCACUUGUUUUGUGCAGAGUUGGCGCUGUCAACCAAAUCCCAUGACUUUUCAGUCUGUUCAGGUAUAUAUUAGCAAGAUUGUGUCAGGUGGCCCAGUUAGCUAAGCCAAGGUUUCAUCUAACAACCCCUGGGCAUAAGAAAAUUGUAACAUCUAGUUCCUAAACAAGUUUUAAUUUACUGAAUGUAAUGCUGCACUUAGAAAGUUCAUACCCAUGUUAUAAUAAGGCUAUCAGUGAGGCGAAUGUAAACUGUUCUUCAAAAUCAAAAGCAAAGAGUGAAGAAAAGUCAGAAAAAAUGUUUGUGUCGCAGAAAUACAGGUUUGUUUAUUUUUGUUUAGUUUUUCUUUUAACUUAGCAUGUUGAGUUAAAAUGCUAUACAUAGCACCUUUUAAAUUCAAAUUUCUGGUUGUAAAAUUAGUGGAUUAGAUAGAAAGAGAGGGGCAGUAAGUGGUCCACAAUCUCUUUCUCUCUCUUACACACAGACACACAGGCAUCAUAACCACACACGCCAGAUAACUCACACAUACAUUACAUUAUCAUUAGAACUACAUUGUAAAGUCCAUACUUGACACUAAAACAAGCGUUUAACCUUUGAAGGAAGACUGUUAGCAUACCAUUUCAAAUCUUACAGGCCAGUCAUUUAGAGCUUUGUUUUGAUAGAUCUACAGUUUAGUAUCCUUCAUUGUCAUUUCUGUUGAUUUGUUACUGACCCUGCAAAGCUCUUCACGUCGUCAAUGUAACUUUAGCUGACCAGAUUUCUGCCGGUUCUUUAGACAUCUGCAGACUGGCUGCAGCUCGAUUUGAGUCCUCACACCAGGAUGAAAGAGUUGAGUGUGUUUGAUUAGCUAAGAAGCCUUCAUUAUAUUAUUUAUAUUCACAGUUAGACACAGUAGAGGUUGUUGUGCACUUUCAGGUACAGUCAGCAUCUAAAGGAUGUGAAUCGACUGAUAUAUGUACUGUAUGUAAGCAAAAUGAAUUAAUAUGGUUCUCCAUGUUAGGGCUUUAAAUAUACCGUACAUUUAUUACUCAGUACUAUACACUACACUAAGUUCACUCAGUACUCUGCAACACUGAUAUUUACUGCUUUCUUUCAUAAUGUUGCUUCUUUCUUGCCCGCUCCUGUUCACCACACAAACUGCCUCUGUGUUAGUGUACUAAGACUCCAGAUACAGCCUGUUUGACCAGUGGUUUGCACUGAAAGCUCUCAUACACAGACUCUUCAUGAUACAGUAGGCAUCAUACAGUGGGCUCGACCGUUUGUGUGCGUCAGCCAUUUUGUCCAGUGAUGCCAUAGUGUCAUCUCAUGCUGUUUACUGUUGAAGGGAUUUUUUUUAAUUCAUGCAAUUAGAGUAACCUUUGUUGUAUAUCACAUGUGGUCCUUAUGAUAGGCCACUGUUAGGAAAAAAAAUGAGAUUAAAUCAACAACUGAUGAGAGAAAAGUCAAACUGUGAACAGCUACUACUUUCUGAGGGCUUGCUAGAAACUCGACCUGAGCUAGGUUGGUAGUACACUAGCAGAACAUCAAGUCACUCACGACACAGUCAUUCUUUCACCGCUGGUUCUGGUUGCCUGGUGCAGUAACAAAGUGCAGUACAAGUUUUUCUUAUAAAAUUGUGACUCUGUUGUAAUAUUACGACUUUUUUUAAAUUAUAGCCAAACUUAAUGACUUUUUAAAA